CCAGCAGUUAAGAAAAGAAUUUAUUGUAGUGAUUGCAGUGUUUGGUCUCAUCUAAGUUGUGCAGAUAAAAAAAAGUGCUGUGAACAAAAUGUUCAAACAUCUGAUAACGAUACUCUACCUAACCAAGAAAACCUGGUCCAAACUAUCAAUUCCUUAUCGGCUAUCGUCAAUGAUAUGAAAAAGGUUAUCGAAGAGUUGGUCACAGAAAACAAAAAAUUGAGAGAGGAGAUCGAACAUGUGAAAUCUGGAAAACAACAAACAGGGGAAUCUGGUCCAGAAGUAGAGGAGGCAGCUGUAGAAGAGGCUGUUGAGCGAAUACACCGGUCUCACAAUGUUAUUAUAAGAGGUGUUCCGGAGUACCAAGGAGAGGCAGCUCAACAAAAACAAGCAGACGAGGAAAUCGUUAUGAAUCUCAUAAAGUCGGCAAUUCCCAGUGAUUUGGGCCAAAGUGUACUUAAUCUCACCCGUUUAGGGAAACUUAUCCCAAAUCGUUGUAGAAUUAUUAAAGUCGAAUUUAAUAAUCCAAAUAUAGUUAAAAAACUAAUACGGCAUCGUUUCGGUAACAACAUUUUCUUCAAUACUGAUCUAACUCGGCUCCAACAGAAUAGGGCUUUUGCUGUUCGUAAGGAAUUUAAAAGGCGUCGUGACAAUGGUGAAAAUAAUAUUCGAUUAAGAUACUACAAUGGCAUGCCGAAAAUUGUUGAAACAAAAAACGAAUGAACAUCCAACAGACAUCCAAUUCAUCGUCAUCUAUUAAUUAUAACAUACUCAAUACUACAUCAACAUAUACACUAAUUUACCAAAAUGUGCGUGGUUUGAAUUCUAAAGUGCAAGAAUUUUAUAACAACUGCUGUGACAUAGAAGCAGAUAUAUUGUUACUGACCGAAACAUGGCUUCAUGAAAAUGUUUUUUCAGCUGAACUUUUUCCUCAACAUUUUGAAAUCUUUCGAUGUGACAGAAAUAAAAGAAGAGGUGGUGGCGUACUAGCGGCAGUCAAAAUUAGUUUUGUAGCUGAACGACUAAACCUUAUUUCUCCGGUACCUGAGAUAGAUCUUAUUGGUAUCAAAGUUCAAGAAUCUUGGACAUAGUUUUGACAACUGAUGAAGUCUCAGCUGAAGUAACAAAUAGCAAUUUUCCAUUAGUUCGUGAAGAUGCUCACCACCCUUGCUUGGACAUCAAUUUAUUUAUCAAAGACCAAUCAAGUAAUC